AUUGUCGGUAUCGGUUCGUCUCCGCUGUAGUUUUCACUAGUUACACGUAGAGACGUUCAGCUCGGCUCCGUUCACAGCACCUCCUCAGCUACAGCUUCUCCUCUCCUCCUUAGAAUCACUUCACUUUUUAAAGCUUAAGUUUAACCUCCGCGGUGUGGACGAUGUCUCUGCCCGGGUUCGUGCUCCUGUGUUCGGUCGCGCUGUCCGGUGUGAGUGGCGGAGUGUUUUUCAACCAGAAGCAGCCGUGCUACGUCCGCACACCGAGGACGAACAACUUCGGUCUGAAGAGCAGUCCUCUUCCUCAUGAGUAUUUAAACAUAUCCGAAUUACCCAAAUCGUGGGACUGGAGGAACAUCAAUGGCACCAACUAUGUAAGCACGACCCGCAACCAGCACAUUCCCCAGUACUGUGGCUCCUGCUGGGCCCAUGGCAGCACUAGUGCAAUGGCAGAUCGCAUCAACAUUAAGAGGAAAGGAGCGUGGCCCUCGACCUAUCUCUCCGUCCAGAACGUGAUUGACUGUGGUCAUGCCGGCAGUUGCCAUGGAGGGGAUCACAGCGGAGUUUGGGAGUACGCCAACAAACACGGGAUCCCAGACGAGACCUGCAACAACUACCAGGCUAAAGACCAGGCGUGCAAACCUUUCAAUGAAUGUGGCACCUGCACCACCUUUGGAGUGUGCAAUAUUGUGAAGAACUACACCCUGUGGAAGGUGGGAGAUUUUGGAAUGGUCAGUGGGAGGGAGAAGAUGAUGGCGGAGAUCUAUGCUAGAGGACCAAUAAGCUGUGGGAUUAUGGCCACAGACAAGCUAGAUGCCUACACCGGAGGUCUCUACUCAGAAUAUCAGGACCAACCUUUCAUCAAUCAUAUCGUGUCAGUGGCAGGGUGGGGAAUGGAGGACGGCAUUGAAUACUGGAUUGUACGGAAUUCGUGGGGAGAGCCAUGGGGAGAGAAGGGUUGGCUCAGGAUCGUAACAAGUGCCUACAAGGGAGGAAGUGGAAGCUCGUACAACCUGGCGUUGGAGGAGGACUGCAUGUACGGAGACCCAGUUGUCCCCAAGUCCUACCUGUAGAAGAAAUCAGACCCCACGGUAGCAGAGGUUGUUGCUGCAGCCCCCUCUGUUGAUGUUUUUAUGAAAGGGAAUAAGUUCCUAUUUUUCUCAGAGAUCUAUUUUUUACACUUGAAUCAGACUUGAUUGAAUCCAUGCAAACAUUAAGAUGCUUUUUGUGUAUUACAAUUUUUAAUGCAAACUGCCUCAGCCAAAGAGUUUAUAAUUUGCCUCACUGCUGUGAUCAACCAUUCAAGUGUGCCUUGCAUGCACUGGCAGUAAAAUGCAACUGUGAUUUACUUUGUCAUCACACCAGAAAUUCUGGAAAAUUUGCAAUCUUUGUUUAGGAGUUUUAGAUCUUGUCAAUAAAAACCAACACAAAAAGUGAUACUCCAC